AACUUCCCACUGAAAAUCCUGUCAUUACCGGGGUUGAAGAGGAUUAUCAAAUCGGCGAUGAAAUAAAUUUGAAUUGCACGUCCGGAAUGAGCCAUCCAGCGUCCAUACUUCAUUGGUAUAUUAACGAACAACAGAUUCAAAAACAAGAAGCUUUGAUACAGUACCCUGUAGAACAUUAUCAACAUGGCUUGGUAUCUUCAGUAUUGGGUUUGAGGUUUCGACUGAGCAGUCAUCACUUUCGCGGUGGAUCUAUGAGGGUGAAAUGUGUAGCGUCAAUGAUGCCAAUGCUGUUUCAAAGUGACAGAGAAAGUGUUGUUCAAACUCAGACAUUACCACUCAGAGAAGCGCUACUUCUCGUCAAGAGCUCAACGAGUAGAAAUAUGGCCUCUGCAGUCCUUGCUAUUACUCUGAUAGGAAGCAUACGUCUCUUGUCGUGAGUUCACCUGAUUGUGUAAAUGUAAAUAAUACUAUAGUGCUAGCAACUAACAACUGUACAUAAAUGCAUUCUGUAGUGUUGCUUCGAACUGAAAUGGUGUAUUCAUUGAUUUUACUUCAACUGUGAUAAGAGAGGUCCUAAUGAGAAUAAUAUGUGGUUUCCUUAUAUA